AAGGCGUCGACAGAGGCGAGUGCAGAGCGUAGAACGUAGAGCGCAAAGCUCUGUGUAGAGAAUUCGAUGUGUCUAAAAGCGAGUUAAGAAACAUUUAAAAAGAAACAUAUUUUUGAGUUUUAAGUGAACUACUUGUGAAAUGCAUCUAAAGGGCGCCUAAAAGAAGACGUUGCAAAAUCUCUGUGGAAAAAGCAAAAUAGUUUUAGUGCUGUUUGUCGAGCUGCUGGUGCUUUGGCCAUAACUAUAUACAGACACAACACACAGGAAGCAGCUAUGGCAGCCGGAUGGCGGCGGGGGUCCGUCAGGGGUUGCGUUGGGGUUUGGGGUUGCGAUUGGAGCCAAAGUUUUGUGUGUAUAGUUGUUGUUGCCCUUGGGCUUUGCGUGUUAUUGUUUACAUGCGAGGCGAACGCGAACUCGGCGAAUGCCAUCGACGUCGAGGAGCCGGCACGACGCCACCACCAGCGACAUCACACCGCGGACGUCGACCGGGAAAGGGAACGAGAGCGCGAGGAGAAGGGCUACUGUGCGCCGUAUAAUGGUAAAAUAUGCAAGCAGUUCAUCAGCGGACCCGUGUGGUACAGCCUGGAGGAUCCAAGUGGCGGCUGGCGCAACGAGCAGGUCACCACAGCGCUGUGGGAUGAGUUAAUUACGGACUUGACGGGCUUAUGCCGCGAGGCAGCUGAGAAAAUGCUUUGUGCUUAUGCGUUUCCUCGUUGCCAUGUCGAGAAUGGACGCUCCAUCAAGGCGCCGCUCUGCUUCGAAGACUGCCAAGCGACGCAUCUGCAGUUCUGCUACAACGAUUGGGUGCUGAUAGAGGAGAAGCGGGAGCGGAACAUGUUCCUGAAGAAUCGUGCCCACUUCAGGCUGCCCAAUUGCACCGUGUUGCCCCACUACGAUGCCAACAUGCGACGUCCCAGCUGCUCGUAUAUUGGUCUCACCGAGAUCAAGGAGUCGGAGGUCAGCUAUGACUGUCGCAAUGGGAAUGGACGCUUCUAUUUAGGCUCCAUGAAUGUGACCAAAUCAGGCAUUCCCUGCCAGCGCUGGGACACACAGCAUCCGCACAUGCACAUUCAACCGCCGCUGGUGUUUCCACAGCUCAUCGAGGGAGAGAACUACUGUCGCAAUGCGGGUGGAGAGGAGCCACAGCCUUGGUGUUAUACGCUCGACGAGUCUGUGCGUUGGCAACAUUGCGAUAUUCCCAUUUGCCCUGACUAUGUGGAUCCCAACGCCAAGGAUUUAAACACGCCCAUCAAGAUGGAAGAGUUUUUCACUCCCUCGAUGAUCUUUCUGCUCGCUGGCAUCGGCUUCAUUGGCAUUGUGGCACUGCAUCUAAUCAUUCUGCUUGCCUACAAGCUGUCCAAGCACAAGGAUUACUCUCAGCCAGCUCCAGCUACCCAUGGCGAAUGCAACGCUUCGGUGCGAGGCGAUUGUAAUCUGUCCGCCAGCAGAGAGACGCUCGGCUCGACAGGAUUUGCGCCAACAAAUGCUGCCAAAUGUGGCACCAUACGCAGCACAGCGACUAUACACAGCAACUGCAUCAUGCUGACCACGACGGCUGCUGUGCAGGAGCCCAAGACCAAGCUGAAUGCACGCCUCGAGAAGCUGGAGUAUCCGCGUGGCGAGAUUGUCUAUGUGCGUUCCCUAGGACAGGGCGCUUUUGGACGUGUCUUUCAGGCCCGUGCUCCAGGGCUGGUGUCGGGUAAGGAGGAUCUGCUGGUGGCCGUCAAGAUGCUCAAGGAUGAUGCCAGCGAUCAGAUGCAAACGGAUUUUGAACGCGAAGCCUGCCUGCUGGCCGAAUUUGAUCAUCCCAACAUUGUCAAGCUACUCGGCGUUUGUGCUUUGGGGCGUCCCAUGUGUCUGCUCUUCGAGUACAUGUCGCCGGGGGAUCUCAGCGAAUUCCUGCGCGCCUGCUCGCCAUAUGCCACACACCAGGCGCAGCCGCGCAAUCGACAGAAUCUCGAUGAGCUGCAGCUGCUGCACAUGGCAUCGAAUGUGGCAUCGGGCAUGUUGUAUCUGGCCGAGCGUAAGUUUGUACAUCGCGAUUUGGCCACACGGAAUUGCCUGAUCAACGAACAGAUGCAGGUGAAGAUCGCCGAUUUUGGACUGUCGCACAAGAUCUAUCUGCAGGAUUACUACAAGGGCGAUGAGAACGAUGUGAUUCCCAUACGCUGGAUGCCCAUCGAGAGCAUUCUGUACAACAAAUUCUCGCUGGAGUCGGAUGUCUGGGCAUUUGGCAUCUGCCUCUGGGAGAUCUUCUCAUUUGCCCUGCAACCCUACUAUGGCCUCACCCACGAGGAGGUGAUUAAAUACAUUAAGGAGGGCAAUGUCCUCGGUUGCCCAGAUAAUACGCCGCUUUCUGUCUACGCCUUGAUGCGUCGCUGCUGGAAUCGCAAGCCCAGCGAACGUCCUGGCUUUGCGGAGAUUAAUCACUGCAUUCAGCACAGCAUCGCUGAAUGCGAGUGCAAGGCGAUGCUCUAAGCGAAGGAGCAUAAACAAA